GGGAAAGCAGCGGCCGUUCGCUGUGAGGCGCUGCGGGGCUCUCGGAGCAGUGUAGGCCGCGGGGUACCAUGGAGCCGCAGCCGCCGGCCGAGCAGGUGCUCCGGCAGCUCGGACAGCUCCUCUCCCAGCGGCCCGGUGUGGUCACGGAGCUGGGAGCGCUGCUGGAGGCCGCGGAGCCGCGGUGGCUGCUCGGGGCCGGGAGCCCCGCCGCGCUGGGCGAGUUGGCGGCCGCGCUGAGCGCCUUCGCGGCACUCCCGGAGCGCGAGCAGGACGCGGCUGAGCUCCGCGACGGGGACGGCGCCUACGCUGCCGCUGCUGAGAGAGCGGCCGAUGUUGGCCGCGUGUUCCUGCGGCUCCUCGCUAAGCUGGAGGCUGCCAAGGCCGAGGAGUCGCUGGGGCCCGCGGUGGAGCCGGUCCUGCGGCGAGUGAUGGGGCACAUCUACGUGCUGGCGGUGACGCACCUCGCGGAGGGCGCCUGGAGCAGCGCCGGGUCCCGCGCGGUGGCCGCGGAGCUGUUGGCGGCGCUGGUGCGGGCCGCGGGCUGCGGGACGGUGGCGGAGCUCCUUCGGGGGAGGAAGGAAGAGGAGGAAGGAGGAUUCGCGGCGAUAAUGGGGCUGCUGAGGCCGCGGCUGGGCAAAGACACCUGGAAGUGCAACCCGGCCACCAAGCACGUCUUCUCCUGGACACUGCUGCACAUCACUCGGCCAUGGCUCAGCCAGCACCUGGAGCGCGUCCUCCCUGCAUCACUGCUUAUCUCGGACGACUACCGGGAGGAGAAUAAAGUCCUGGGUGUGCACUGCCUGCACCACAUCGUUCUCAAUGUGCCAGGUGCUGAUCUGUGCCAGUUCAACAGGGCUCAGGUUGUGUACCAUGCCCUUUACAAUCACCUCUACUCACGAGAGGCUCCUCUCAUCCAGGCAGUACUGCUGUGCCUGCUGGACUUGCUGCCAGUCCUGGAGAGAGCACAGCGGCAGCAGCCCAGGCCAACCUCACCCUGUGAUGAGGUGUUACAGCUGGUUCUGACCCACAUGGAGCCGGAGCAUCGGCUCGCGCUGCGGCAGGUGUACGCCAAAACCCUGCCUGCCUUUGUGCAGAGACUUGGCAUCCUGAUAGCACGGCACCUGAAGAGGCUAGAGAGGGUUAUCCUGGGUUACCUGGAAGUCUCUGAUGGCCCUGAGGAAGAAGCCAGACUGGGAAUACUGGAGACACUGCAGUGCACCAUAGAGCAUGCUUGGCCCAGAAUGCCAUGCAGGAUCCCUGUGCUGCUCAAAGCCCUGCUGAAGAUGAUCUGGGAUGUCCACACUGACCAGGGCUCAACACCAGAGCCAGUGAGAGCUGCCUUGCUCCAGAGAGCCACUGAGUGCCUCAUCCUGCUGGAUCGGUGCUCUGAAGGACAAGUGAAGAUUCUGCUGGAAGGCGUGUACAGCUGCUGUGAGGAGAACCGUGUACGGGAAUGCAUCAGGAGAGUGCAAGAGAACACGUGAGGCACGACUGAAUGUUCACUCUGCUUUUUGUACACAGGAGGGCUUCGCAAGAACCAGCAGAGAGGAGCAUAAGCAAUGUUGGUAACUCCAAUGAUGACCAUCAGCCAGGGAAACCCAAUAGCUCGUACGAUCGCGCCGCCUGUUGAUGGACCUGCACAUUGAAACAUGAACAAAGGCUCAGGAGGCAGGAAAAGAGCAAAAGGUGCUCUUCUACUUUGGAGGGGGUCUGAAGUCUGCAGUGGCUGUCCUACAGACUCAGUUCCAGUUGCUGCCAUUAAACACUGGGUGGAAGAACACAUUGAGAACAUCACCCCAUACCAAUUGCAAAGCCCAUGCAGAAGGCAACAUCUGCGAUGGCAUAGACAUUGCCGUAGACAGAGGUGUGGCGAAGGUCCACGAGGUAACCCAUAAUAGGCAUCAUGGAGGAGUCCACCAUUCCUGCCCAGAGCAAGCACGAUAUCAUGAGGUAUUGCCUUUUCCCAGAGCAGUGCUGGGAAUUGUACAGACUGACCACUUACCUAUGGCGAAGCCAAGCCCACCAUUUGGGCCAAUCAGCCCAUAAAUAUUUUUUGCCAGAGGUACCUUAGAGAGGAAAGAGAGAAGGUGUGAAUGAGGCCAGAAGAGCUCCAAGGUGAGGAGGCACAGCAUAGUUCUGUGAGAAAGGUCUGUGGUGCCAUCCCUGAGCAGGUCUCAGAGCUGCCCUGCAGUACUCACACAGAGCAGACUGAUCCCCACCACAGCCAUACCGAUCAGGGAGCACAGCCACCUGCAAGGAGGGCAGCAGAGGGUGAUGCCUUCAGCAUAUGCAAGCAGGAUCCUUGCUGUGGUCGCUGCUGUUCGCUUACCGGCCUAUUUUGUUAGCCAGGAGCCCGAAGAGAUUGGUUCCAAUGAGGUAAGAUACACUGGCAGGAAGGAAUGCCAUCCCUAGGGGGGAGAAUAAAAGAGAGUGUGCAAUCCCUCUGCAAAUGCAAGGAAUCAGCAAGCAUCCAGCACACACGCUGUGCGUGCCCCUAGGCUCUGUGGUUCUUCUCCUUGCUCUCUUUGUCACAGCCCCACUGCUCCUCUGUGAAGGCAGAGAGAGGCACAGAAAGUGAGUUUUCUUUCUGCAGGGGUGAGAAACUGAGUCACCCAGAUUUGAGCCAGGUGCAGCCAACUACAGAGCUUUCUGUCCCCAUCCUUCUCUCCUGUCAUCACUUCUUCCUUGUCCAUCUUUCUCCCCUUGCCUUCUGCUUUUGGCUAAAUAAAGAGAGAUAAAAUAGCUGCUUGAAUGUUAAGCUUAGGGAUCAUUAUGAGUCAAAAGUCAAUAUUUGAGCUGCUUGCUGAUUUACCAGUUGUUUAUUUUUAAUAUACUCUCCUGCUGACUGUGGAUAAAACACAUCAGCUAUAUUUCACUAAGACAACUUCCUCAUUGAAACACACAGAGUUAUAUUUAACUUUCUCCUCUUUGACAGUUACAGAGCACUAUUAAUUCUGCAGGUUUAGUCCAAGCUCUUCUGUUUUAUUUAUUCACUUUUCUCAGAAUUAUGGAAGCGGGUAAAUGAAGCUCUUUGUGUUUAUGAGAGCUUUUCAGGUAGGGGACUUCGGUUGAAGUGUAUCUAAAUGCAGACCACUCCCAGAUCUCAGGUACAGUGCAUUUGGGGGUUUCUUGCUGCCAGCUCACUGCUCUCUCCCCAUUUCUUGGUAAUUCCAAAAAUCCCUUUGAUUUCAACAGUGGACAAAGCAGCUCUGAGUCCCCUGAGGUGCUGCCUUACUCUCACCCACCUGUGUUCAAUCACACAAAUCAUCCUGAGCUCUUACUGGGACGGAUGCUGCUGCCUGACCAGGGAAUAACUUGAUUAGGAGGGUUAUCUCAGCCCUGCUGCUCCCAGAUUGCAAUUCAGUUUGGGUUCUAAGUGUUGCCUGGGGUGUCCCCCAGGUUAUUUCCCAGCCAACUGGAUUUUAGAACAAUUAGUUUUUGUUUUUAUAGGACAGACAGUGCUAUCUCCAUAUCACAUUUUCAAGGCAGCUGGUAGUUAGCAUGCACCAUCUCUAAAUGGCUGUGUUCUACUGAGAGCUGCCUCUGCAAAACCCAUCUGGCUGCCAUGACUUCAGCCCAGCAUGACGCUGAUCUACUCAGCCUUUUUUCCACCAUUAUUGCUGUGGUAGGGAGACUGAUUCUAUACCAUUUCUUUAAUAAUAGUGAAAAGCACAUUGUAUAGCUACCAACAAGGACAUUUCCUGCUGAAACCGGAGCAGCACACAGCCUGGCAUCACUCUGUGGGAAUAUGUUUUCUUCCUUUUAAGAUGAUAUAAGAGAUAUUCAGCCCAUCCCGCAGUGCCCAGCAGGAUCCACUCUGGCCAAACUGCAUCAAGCUACUGCUGAGGAGCACGGACUGCAAAGUGAAGCACCUACCAAGCUGCCAUUUGGGGGAGCACAUGGUUUGCAUCAUCCAGAUGGGCAAGGUGGGCUCGAGCAUGGCCACCCCCAUGUUGGAGAAGCAGAGGGCUCCUGGUGAGGAGAGAAGGGAAAGUGUCUGUUUAAGGCUUCUCCUACUGCUGUGUUGAGUAGGAACAAGGAAAUGGGGCAAUUGGGAACGCAGAGGUUACCUGCAGCCACCAGCACAUAGGGGUCCCGCAGCAGGGUGAGCACUGGUGUGCCUCUGGUGCUCUGCUUGAGAUGGGGGCUUAGGGAGCUGCAGGUGGGGGCUGAGCCACCCCCACCUGCAGCAUCUGCCCCAGCAUCGUGCCCAUACUCACCUCAGGGGAGACCUUGGAGGGCUGCAGAAUGCACAGCUGCAAACCUGGGGAGGGGGGGGGAACAGUGCUGUCAGUAUUGCUCCAAGCCAAAUUUCCCUGUGGCUUUUCCUUCAGGGGGGCACCAAUCAUUGGCAGAGCCCCAAGAAUGCAAAGCUGUGCUGUUGGGGCAUCAUCCAGGGAGCUGUCAGCUGCGGGAUUUCAAAUGGGGCAUGGCCAAAAUGAGACAUGGAAAAGAAUGGGAUGAAAAAAAACAAGCUUCAAACACAGGGAGCUUACAUUUCACUUUCCGGAGUCUCUUACAUGCUCCAUUAAAGAUGUCUUACAUUACAUCUAGGCAAAGAUGGUAACUGUGAAUCUAAUUUAAUUAGCUUAAUACUUUCCACUAAAAAUAUGUGUUUCUGCUAUCUGUAAUUCUGAAUGCUGUCGUGGCCUGAAUCUGUAACACAGCUACAGAGAGAGAGUAGGGAUUGCCAUUCACAGGCAACAUCCCAUUUCUUUGUAUUAUGAUGAAGAUGCUGCAGGCAGCACCACGUGUGCCUUCUACAGAGAAAUUCUGUUCAUAGAGCUUGACUGAUGUGCUACUUGAGCCAUUAAAGCAAUCAAAGGGGUCAUUAAGUAAUGAGGGACUAAUUCGUACUGUAUUGCUGUGUCACACAUCUGGUGGUGGGAAGCAUAUGGUUUAGCAAUAAGAGAGUAACUGAUGCUGUAUUAAUUGUGAGAGCCCUGAGAAGUUCUUCCUGAGGUGGCUGCAUUUUGGUCUUUCCACGUGCUUUGGUUUAUGGUUGGGUGAGUUGUUUGCUUUUGGGUUGGGUUAACUACGUGACCCCUCACCUCCAUCCAGCAGGGCUAAGAAAGCCAGGACCAGGAAGGGGGAGGCUUUCCCCACAAACUCGUACAUCACGCUGCCGAACGGGGCCCCGACUGCAAGGGAGAGGCUGUGUCACCAUGCAGCAGGCAACUGGCUUUAACCCAAACCCAUGUCUAGUGAUGGACUAUACCGGUGGAACCACGGGAAAUGGAUGGGGAGCAGAGACUGGGGUCCCCUUCCCCCCUCCCCCAGGGCUGAACCAAGGAUGCUCAGCAGCACCAAGCAGCAAAGCAUGGGGAUACUGUGGGUGUAGAGCCCCUGGCAGCCACAGGUCCUUACUCAGCACACCCAAGGCCAACCCUCCAAGGGCGAUACCCAUGGCGUUGCCUCUCUCAAAGUCGUCUGUGUAGAUGCUGGCCAGCAUGCCCAAGCCUGGGAGCAGAGAGAACCCGAGGUGAUGACUGAACCCAACUGGCAUAGGGCUUCAUGGCAUGCAGUGACCCAACAUGCUCACCUGCAACUGAUGAGAAGGAGGAACCAACACCUUGUAGAGCACGAGCGAUGAACAGCAGCGUGUAGGUGCCAGAGAAUGCAAACACUGCAGAAGGAGAAACACAGUGCCCAGCAGAGCUGCACAUCUAAAGCCCUGCUGAAGUGCAGCAGCAACCACUUGUGCCCAGCUGAGUCCUUCCCUGUCCCCUGCUUCUCAUGCAUGGGGACAGGGCAGGUGGUUGUCUCCUUUGCUGCUUUCAUUUUGGGGCAUCCUACUGUGUGUGAAGGGCAAAUCAGGGGCGGUACUCACUGAGCGUGGAGAGGAACAUGAUGAUGAAACCAACGAACAUGGGAAUGUGGUAUCCUAUCCUGGAAUGAGAGAAAAGUAUGUCUGGUACAGCUAUGCCUAUGUGUACUGAAGUGUUUUGGUAUGAUGUUGAGCAUUAGUGAGGCUUAUUUUAUAAUGCAAGCUUGCAAACCAUUUGUAGGCUCUUAAAAAAGGCAGAAUUCAUUCCUAUUGUGGUGCUUGCACUCUCCUCUUUGCUAUUCUCUCACCGGAUCCCAUCAUUAUAUAACUGCAGAUCUUUGCCACUUGACUAGCAAGCAGUAGAUUGCAGACAUACCUGUUGGUCAGCAGCCCCACGCUGGGGUUGACCAGGAGCUGGACGAGAGCCUUGGAGGCAAAGAGCAGCCCCACACGCAUGUUCUCCUGCGUGAGGAAUUCCUCACCCUGUGGGCAGCCAUUGGGUGGUGGGGAGCUCAUGGGGAGAUGCUGUGAGUGCCUGGCGCUGGUCCCUUUCUGCAGCUCCACAGUGCUGUGGGAGUCCAAGGUUGUUAUGGUGCCGAUGUCAAAAUAGGAGGACAUGGGGGAGAAAGGAUCUUCGAUGGCUGAGGGAGGUGACUCAGAUUGAUGUGGGGCAGCAGAGCUGUUGGCACCUUCAUAUUCUGUUGUAUAAAGGAAGGUGGGGAUGAUAGGCACUGGGAAAAAAGCCAAGGAGAGUGUUCAUCAGUGGGUUUGCUUGAUUCUGUGGCUCAGCAUGCAUAUGAACUGGAUGGUGCUAUCUCAGUGUUGAUGCUUGGAAGCUCCUUCCCCCAUCCUUCCCCAUGGCUGUCCCCAUUGCUGUCUCACUGCCUGUCCCCGCUGCUCUUCCCUGGCAUGCCCCUACACCCAUCCCCACUCCUGUCCCCACACCCAUCCCCAAUCCUGUCCCCAUGCUUGUCCCCAGCACAGACCGCCAGCUGCCCGCAGCCAUCCCUGCAGUGCUCACCCUACCCACAACAGUCAGCAGCAUAUUGUCCAGCAGCAGUGCGACGAACACCACCACCAGCACCAGCCUCCGUGAUGCCCGGCCCUGUGCCAGCCAGCUCUGGGGCGUGGGGAUGGCUGCUGGGGGCAUUGCUGGGGCUUGGUCUCCUGGCUCCACUGUCAGGGCCAGCAAUGUCUUGCAACCUUGGGAGAAGAUGCUGUGGGUUAGCACCUCCCUCAGGUUCACGACUUAUCUCCUACAUGAGCUGGGUGCUGUUCUGAGAAGCAGAGAGUUCCAGCUUUGCUCUCAAAGACUCCACUUUCAUCCAGCUCACAUUUAAUGCUGCAGUCAGGAGACAGAGUGCUCCCCAGCCCUUUUACAUUCUCUUGAGACAUCUUGUACCCUGCUGCAAGCAUCAUCUCAGUAUUCCUUCAAAGACUCAAAGCAUAAAUCAAGCUGGUAGCUUAUCUGUGCUAAUCUCUACAUCUUGUAUUCCAUGUAUGUUCUUUGGAGAUUAAAUUGGGUCUCAAAGGAAAUUUA